AUGAGCCGAACAAGAGAUGCCGAGGAUUUGGCCAAGUUUCUGCGGAAGAACGUGCUGACAGAGAACAAGAACACGCUGAGGCGGCAGAGCAACGAACCCAGCCUACUUCACUCAACGAACACAUCCCUGCCUCUCGACUUCGCGCCAACUGAGCAUCGCCUUCGGCACCCCCUACUAUACUCCCUUGCCGACCGACGCUGUUUCGGAAGCACAUCGUUCCUGUCCGGCCGAGAAAGCAGGAUCGCGAAGCGCAAGACCACUGACGAGAAAGCUGUCGAGGGCCCCGUCAAAACAAUCAUGGAUGAGCUCAAAAAGGCAAAAGAAGUCCAAAGUGCGGUCGAUUUAGUCAACGGACUUGUCUUCGAGAACCACCCGCAUGCGCUCAGCGACGCAGCGGCGAAGAUUUGCGUCUGCCGUAUCGAAGACGAUGACGACUCGAGCAGCUCUUCGAUGCUCUAUAUUCCCGAGUAUAAAUCACUGCGUCAACUUCCUGCGCACCACCUGCUCAACUUCCUGCGCACCACCUGCGCACCACCUGUGCUCGACGAACACACACGAGGAAGUGGUAGACCGGAAGACAACAUCAACAUCAAUUGA